GCUUGGUGGCGCUGCGACCGCAAGAGGCGAUAUCGGAAAGUGAAAUACGGUCUUGGUCUCUGCCGUGGGCUUGCUCGGCUAUGGCAACCCCCGAAGGUGCGCAAGGUAUCCAUCCGUACAAGCGAGCGGCUUUCCAGAAUCCUGAGACAUUCCGUUGUUUUCGUCCAGCGGUUUGCGAACAUCCGCGCCGUCUCACACUCGGCUCACUACCAAAUGGCGCCCGCAUCUUUGCUUCCUUUUUCUUCAGACCACAUCUACGUGUGUUCUCAAGCCUCGCUGGCAAAGGAAACGGUCGCGACGGCGUCAGCGUUGCCUCUCGCGCAAAGGGACACUGCGGGGGAUCCGCACACCUGCGUCGACUGGGAAAAGAGAGUUGAGGCUAGCCGGCGAUAGUUUGGGCUGACUUGAGGCGUUCCUAAUGCCCUACCACAGUACUUGGACCAACCACUCGAGUCCCCUAUAUUGAUGUUCCUCUCAAGCAACGAUCGAUAUUUUUACCCCGGGGAAUUUUACAAGUCCCGCGGCGCCGUCUUCAUCUCUAAAUAACGUGGAUGACGACCAA